AUGUUGUUGUGUGCGUUCGCGACGUACUUAGCUUUAACAACAGUGGUCACUUCUAGGUUUAUAUCGGGAGUAGUGCCUGUACAACAAAUUAAUUUAGAUAUGCCUCGAAGUGUACUAAAUUCGAAUAUAGAAAACUUGUUUCGCAAUCAUGAGAGAGUGAAACGUAAUACGAUUGUGUACAACAAGUGUCCUGUUGGAUAUAAAAGGCUACCACCGCCUUUACUAUGCGUCACUUGUGAACAGUACCAACUGCUGACGGGAGAGUCCUGUUGA